UCCUAAAAUUUUCUCUCCUUGUGAUCCCAUCUCGAUUCUCGACCAAGGAGAUCCUCUGUAUUUGCCACUCCUCUGGUCAAACCCCUUUACCAGUUUACCAUCCACCACCACCAUGUCGUCGUCCCCGGAGCAGAUCAUCGAGCACGUCGUCCUCUUCAAGGUCAAGGACGGCACCGACCCCUCCCGGGUCAACGCCAUGGUCGAUGGUCUCAACGCCCUCAUCUCCCUCGAUUCGGUCCUCCACCUCGCCGCCGGCCUUGUCCUCCGCACCCGAUCCUCAUCCUCCCCCUCGACUUUCACCAUCAUGCUCCACGGUCGCUACCGGACCAAGGACGACUUGGCCGCCUACGCUCACCACCAGGACCACAUGCGCGUGGUCAAGGAGCUCGGCUCGCCCAUCUGCGAGGACAUCAUGGCCGUCGACUGGGUCACUGACCGCGUCCCCGUGGGCGCCGUCGCGCUGCUCCCGGGGUCCCCCAUCAGGGUGAGCCUCCUCAAACUGAAGGAGGGAUCGGGGGAGGAGGCCAAGGGCGAGGUGCUAUCCGCAGUGGCCGAGGGGAUUAGGGACGGGCUCGGCGGGAUGGAGCAUGCGACUUGGGGCGAGAACUUCUCCCCUUCGCGCUCCAAGGGGUUCUCGAUCGCGUCGCUCGCGGUGUUCAAGGGCAUCGAGGAGAUGGAGGCUGCGGCGGCAGGCCCACGGCAGGAGAAGGUUGAGAAGUAUGUGGACGGCAUGAUCACGGUGGAUUACGCGGUGCCGCAUCCGCAGCCGGCGGGUCUGAGCCUUUGAUGGGAACGUCAUGUGUUUUGAUGUAUGAAUCACCCAAAAGGUAGUCGUUCUUGUUUUGAUACUCGAAUUUUCCAUGGUAUUUGGGAUAGAUGGAUAGAUUAAGAUCGAAUGCAGUACCGUGCCAUCUCUUUCGCGCUUCUUAUUUUAUUCCUUGCUGUCUGUUUUUGAGUGCUUAAUUUGUCCGCCAAUUAUUGUGCUAACAACCAUGGCAUCCGGCAACGAGCUAGUAAGAAGGAUGGUUGGUCGCCGACGGUCUUGGUGGUGGCGGUGGUGACACCGGCAGCCACACGGCACGGUGGCUAUAGGUGGCAAAUGCAGAGGGAGCAGGAUGAGAGCUUUACAACAAAUUAGACUCUUAUAAUCAAAUUGUAACUAUUAAUUGAUCGUACCGUUUCCCGUUCACGACAAGCAUCAGAUUCCUAGCUUGUGGAGAACGAUUAUUUCAGGCAGAGCAGAAUCUUAGUACUAGUGUGUUAAAGCCACUAAAUACGUCGAAAAGGGAACCUAAGAUCCAUUCGAUGUCGUCGAGUCUAUCAUGUACAAAUUUCUCUGCAUUCCUUCUAAGCCGGGAUGGACAUACAUUUUAAUCUCAUUCUGAACUGCAUAACAGAGGAGGAAGAAAAACUAACUUCCGAUUCCAUUGCCAUCUCUAGUUCGCAUCAAAUUGUUCGUGACAAAGAGGAGACUAAUCUAAUUGAAGGAAACACACU